GGCUUCGUUCAUCUGUAAUGCUGUCCAAUAAGAAGUCAGACCCAGGUUCCUCCUCUUCUUCAGGGGGUAACGGUGGAGACCGUGCUCCUGAAACCCUCUCUGCUCCUCUGGCUGCUCCAGCCGGUCCCUCUGGCCCAGGUUCAGCAGAUGUGAAAAAGAAAGAGAGAGCUUCUCCAAGUGGAGAACCAGGUGGACCUCCUCUUCUGCACCCUCCUGGACCAGGAGGGGUUGAUCAAGAUUCUGCAGAGGGACGCAGGACCAGUCGCCGUAAAAGAGCAAAGGUGGAGUACAGGGAGAUGGAUGAGAGUCUCGCUAAUCUGUCGGAGGAUGAGUAUUAUUCGGAGGAAGAGAGGAACGCUAAAGCUGAAAAAGAAAGGAAACAGGUAAUUCCUCCACCAGCCCCACCAAUAGAGGAGGAGAAUGACAGCGAACCUGAGGAACCGUCAGGUGUAGAGGGGGCCGCCUUCCAGAGUCGUCUCCCACAUGACCGUAUGACAUCACAGGAAGCUGCAUGCUUCCCUGACAUUAUUGGUGGACCACAGCAUACUCAGAAAGUGUUCUUGUACAUCCGGAACCGAACGCUUCAACUAUGGUUGGACAACCCCAAAAUCCAGCUGACCUUUGAGGCAACUGUGCAGCAGCUAGAAGCUCCAUACAACAGUGAUGCUGUCCUAGUGCACCGGAUACACAGCUACCUGGAGAGACAUGGGUUCAUCAACUUUGGUGUCUACAAGAGAGUAAAGCCUCUGCCAACAAAGAAAACUGGAAAAGUUAUAGUGAUUGGAGGUGGGGUGUCCGGGCUGGCAGCAGCAAAACAGCUGCAGAGUUUUGGGAUGGAUGUGACCAUUCUGGAAGCAAGAGAUCGUGUGGGAGGGCGAGUGGCCACUUUCAGGAAAGGGAACUAUGUAGCUGACCUGGGUGCUAUGGUGGUGACUGGACUGGGUGGAAACCCUAUGGCAGUAGUCAGCAAACAGGUCAACAUGGAGCUGGCCAAAAUCAAACAGAAGUGUCCACUCUAUGAGGCCAAUGGACAAGCUGGAGAGCGCUGCACAAGUGUCCCUAAAGAGAAGGAUGAGAUGGUAGAGCAAGAGUUCAAUCGCCUUUUAGAGGCAACGUCAUAUCUCAGCCACCAGCUCGACUUCAACUUUCUUAACAACAAACCUGUGUCUCUGGGACAAGCACUGGAAGUAGUUAUACAGCUGCAGGAGAAACAUGUGAAAGAUGAGCAGAUUGAACACUGGAAGAAGAUUGUGAAGACUCAAGAGGAGCUUAAGGACCUUCUGAACAAGAUGGUGGCUACUAAGGAGAAAGUGAAGGAGCUGCAUCAGCAGUAUAAAGAGGCCAGUGAGGUAAAGCCACCCAGAGACAUCACAGCUGAGUUCCUGGUGAAGAGCAAACACAGAGACCUCACAGCACUCUGCAAGGAGUAUGAUGAACUGGUGGAGAUGCAGGUAAAAUUAGAGGAGAGACUGCAAGAGCUGGAGGCCAACCCACCCAGUGAUGUUUAUCUGUCUUCGAGAGACCGACAGAUUCUUGACUGGCACUUUGCAAACCUUGAGUUUGCCAACGCUACACCUCUUUCAACACUCUCGCUCAAACACUGGGAUCAGGACGAUGAUUUUGAGUUCACGGGCAGUCACCUAACGGUGCGGAACGGAUACUCAUGCGUCCCAGUGGCACUUGCAGAGGGUUUGGAUAUCAAACUCAACACUGCAGUGAGACAGGUCCGAUACACAUCAUCUGGUUGUGAGGUGAUUGCGGUGAAUACCCGCUCCACUACCCAGACGUUCAUUUAUAAGUGUGACGCCGUGUUAUGUACUCUUCCUUUGGGAGUGCUGAAGCAGCAGCCGCCAGCUGUGCAGUUUGUGCCUCCCCUGCCAGAAUGGAAGACGGCUGCCAUUCAGAGAAUGGGCUUUGGGAACCUCAACAAGGUUGUGUUGUGUUUUGAUAGAGUAUUCUGGGACCCCAGUGUUAACCUCUUUGGACAUGUGGGAAGUACUACGGCCAGUCGAGGGGAACUGUUUCUCUUCUGGAAUCUCUACAAAGCUCCCAUACUGGUGGCUCUGAUGGCGGGAGAGGCUGCAGGCAUUAUGGAGAAUAUCAGUGAUGAUGUCAUUGUUGGCCGUUGUCUGGCAAUCCUCAAGGGCAUCUUUGGAAGCAGUGCAGUACCUCAGCCAAAGGAGACGGUGGUGAGUCGCUGGCGUGCCGACCCUUGGGCUCGUGGGUCUUACUCGUAUGUAGCAGCCGGUUCAUCUGGUAAUGACUAUGAUGAAAAAUACUGCAUUUAUCCAAAAAUGAAUGCCAUACCUGGAGCCUCACAGCCUGUUCCACGUCUGUUCUUUGCGGGUGAACACACAAUCAGAAACUAUCCCGCAACGGUCCACGGCGCUUUGCUGAGUGGGCUGAGGGAGGCAGGAAGGAUCGCUGAUCAGUUCCUGGGAGCCAUGUACACUAUGCCACGCCAAGCCACUGCCAAUCCAAACCCACAGCCCUCCCCCAGCAUCCAAUAAAUGUCUAAACCCACACAUGAUGUGCACAGAGAGAGAAUGUGAGUUGGGGAUUUUCAGUGAAAGAAUGUCUUGUUAGAUAAAGAGCGGGCGGGUCACGUAAGGACACCGGGUGACUCCUUAGACUGGGAAUGUGUGUUUAUGGGAGAGUUUGUCUGCAUGUAAGAACAUGCCUUUAGGGAAAUCAUUCACUAAUCUGAGAGCUGGAGAUUUAAAACAACCCUUCACUCAUUUACCUUCUGCUGCAGCAGCUUUACUAAGUCAUCUGAAAGGACAGGUGGAUGGUUCCAGAAGAAUUUACCUGGAAUGGUUUGUUCCCUGCAGACGCACAGGACAAGGGACUGUUAUUCACACGUAACGCAACUCAUGCAAAGUCUUUGAUCACAAAGUAUCAAAUGUUUCAAGGCAGAGCAUUAAAAUUUCAAUUGUAAAAACCAGAUAGAUGGAUAUGGAUGCAUUAGUUGAAAUCCAGCUGCCUACCCAACCCAUUGCUUUUUAUUUUUUCAUAAUAAUAAAAAAGAAAAUCAAAAGCAAAUGUCAUGAAUUUUCUAUGUAGCUUGGAUGUUUUUGUUAGGAACAAUUGCUUAUUGGCUGGAAUGCACAUUGUGUUGCUAAUAGGUCUGUGUCUGUUCAAAUAGAAUAUAAGUUAUAGCUUUGUAUCUUUCUUGAGCAGCUCGUGGUUUUAAGUUUUAUUUGUUUAAUUAUGGUCAUUGCAAUAUUUUUUAUAUUUGUGUUUUUUUUUUUGUAGUAAAAAUAAAUAUGAAGUCUGCUUCAUACCCCCAGCUUUCUGGUAGUUUAUGGUUAUUUGUGGAUAAAUGUAUGUAAAUUUUCACAUUCUUCAUUAAAACACGUUGAGAACCUCC